GCCUGCCCAAAAGAACUGGUCGCUCCUGAGGCUUGGCUCUAGUUGAUCGUGGCAACCGAGAGGAGGAGAGAUUCCUAGAGCGGGCGCUCCCUCAGCCUCAAGACCCGCCAAUGGUUCCCCCCUCCCAUUACGCAGGCGCGGCGCCACCGAGAUGCACACGGAGUCCUAGAGCGGGGCGCUCUCUCCCCAGGCCCCGCCCAUGCUCUUCCGGCUCCACUGCGCCUGCCCAAAAGGGCUGGUCGCUCCUGAAGCUUGACACGAGUCAAAGGAAGGGAACAUCCGGCCACGACCCGGGUCAGAAGGGCUCCCCACGGGCCCGCCUGCCCGCCCGCCCGCCCUCCCGGUGUCUUCGGCUCCAGCUCCCACCAUUCCUCACGGCCGGAAGAAGCCCCUCCGCUCCCGAGGAGGAUAAUGUCGUCGUCGUCGUCAUCGGCCGUCCCUUUGGUGAUGCGGGGCUCCCCGUACUCGGUGGUGGUGCUGCAGGAGGGCUUCUCGGAGGCCUUGCCGGACGGCGGGAUGCGGGCGGAGGGGACGGUGGGGCUGGUGCUGGGCCCGCAGCCGACCCUGGUGGACACGGGGGGGCCCUGGGGCCGGGAGCGGCUGCUGGCGAACCUAGCCGCGCAGGGGGUCUCCCCGGGGGAGGUGCGGCACCUGGUCUGCACCCACGGCCACUCCGACCACGCCGGGAACCUCAACCUCUUCCCCUCGGCGCAGCUGGUGAUGGGGACGGACGUCUCCCUCCCGGGGGGCCGCUACCUGCCCACGGGGCUGCGCCAGGGCCAGCCCUACGUCCUGCACGAGGGGCACCUGGAGGUGCUGCCCACCCCGGGACACACCGCCGCCGACGUCAGCCUCCUGGUGCGCGGCACGGAGUUGGGGGACGUCCUGCUGGCCGGGGACCUCUUCGAGCGGGAGGGGGACGAGGGCGUCUGGGAAGAACUCAGCGAAGACCCCCCCAGGCAGGCACAGAGCCGGGCACGGGCCUUAGAGCUGGCCGACGUCAUCGUGCCCGGGCACGGGGGCCCCUUCCGGGUCGACAGGAGGAAGAGGAGCCAGCAGUGACCUUCCCUGACCUUUCUCCUCUUGGGUCUUGCUGCCCUUCCGGGUCAGCAGGUGGGGAGGCCAUAGAAGGCAAGCAGCAGGAGUGACCAUCAGUGGCCCACCUUGGGGUCUCCAUGAAGAGAACGAUGCUCCAGCCAGCAGUGACCUUCAGUGACCUGCCUCCAGUUGGGUCUUGCUGCCCUUACGGGUCAACAGGUGGGUCAGCAGGUGUGGGGGGGCUAGAAGGCGAGCAGCAGGAGUGACCAGCAGUGGCCCAAUUUGGGGUCUCCAUGACUUGGGGUCUCCAGCAGUGACCUUCCAUGACUCACAUCCAAUUGGGUCUUG